AUGUCCAAAAACAGCAGCAGCAACGACAACAACAACACACAUCAACAAAAACGCAUUCAGACGGAUGAUUCGAUUUUUGCCACGCGUGAAUCGUUGCGUUUGGUAAGGCAGCAAAGCGAAGGAAGAGAAACGCACGAGGAGGAGACGGUGCAGAGAAUGCGAGUGAGAGGAGGAGGCGCGGGAAGGACGAUUCAGACGACGACGACGAUGAGAGUGAAAGAACACAAGGCGAAAACGAGGACGAAUGAUUCGUCGAAUCGCAGGAAGAUGAUUCCUCAGAGGGAGGAACAACAUUCGCGAGAACAACGCGAAGCGCGAGUUGUUGUUGAUGAUGAUUCGAGACGAAGAAACGAGAGAAACGAGGACGCUUCGCGCGGCGCCUCUUCUUCUCAGAGGACGGACGCGGCGACGUUCGCGGGAAGCGCGUUGCAAAUCAGGGACGAUUAUUACGUGGACGCGAAAUGGAAUACGAACGAUACUCGUCGUGCUGUCGGACGAGGAGAAGGAGAUAUUGCGAGCGACGAGGAAGAGUUUACGUUUCGGUCGGCGUCGGUGGGUGAGAGCGUGAGAAGCGAAUUAGAAAACGCGAGAAGAGCGUCGGCGAGUACGAUUGCGGAGGCGGCGAUGAUGAUGGCGUCGACGUCGACGUCGUCCAGAGUACAACAUCAACAUCAGCAACGUGAACAUAAAACGGGUGCCGUUGAUGUUAUUCGAAGGGACGUGGACGACACCAUCGACGAUACCGUCGCUAAUCUUUUAGAAAUGAUUGAGAACGAGCGUUUAAAAUCCUCGGCGUACGAGAAAAACUUGGAAAAAACGGAAAAGGCGUACCUCGAGACGAAAAAAGAAUCCGAGGAAAUUGCCGAACGCUUAACCGGCGCGGCGAAUAUCAUCUCCGAACUGAAAAGUGCUUUAGUGCACGCCAUGCGCGAACAUCACGACGACGAGAAGUUUGAAGACGACGUCAACGACGCAGUCACCGAAACGAGAUUGCUGCGAAGAGGAGGAUCCGGCAGCGAUCUCUCAAACUCAGUCGAGGCAGUCGGCGCGAGACGGUGGGAAGCGAAAUUACGGAGAACUGUUUCGAGCGCGUUGGAAAGAUUUACGAGCGAAGCAAGAGGCGUGCCGAACGGUGAUGCUUUGUAUAGAGCGGCGAAGGAAGCGUUAGAUCCUGUUGUCGCGAGCGCCAUUGCAGGAGUCGUGGAUGAAGUCGAGAUUGCAUCCGGGAAGAAGAACAAGAAGAAGAAAGAAGACAAGGAUUAUUUCAGAACAAAUGAUGAUGUCAACGAAUCGUAUUCUCUCGAUGGCGACGAUGAUGAUGACGACGACGACGACGACGACGUUCCUACGAACCGAAGCAGAGAGCACGAACAAGACAUAAACGCCCUCGACGGUCGCGCGAAGCUCGUUGCGUGGAUGCAAAUGGAAAAAGCCAAACGCAAGAGACUCACGAGAAAGUUGUUGAAAACAAAAGAUGAACUUGCGAAAUCGGAGGCGUCGCGAAUGGCAGCAACGAGACGAUGGUUGGAAGCCGCGUCACAGUUAGAGUCGGAAAGAGGGUCGCAGUUUACGCAAUCCGUAGCCGGCGACGGUAUGGGGAGCAGUAGCGAUGAAGAAGGGUUUUUCGACGACGACGACGAGAGCGAAGACGAUCAAGGUUUCACGCCGAGAAGUGUAGAAUCGAGAAGGACAGAUCCCGGACAGCGCCGCGCGCGUGCUCGAAAGACGCAAUCGUUAGACGGAAGUGGCGAUGCCGCGUUGUUCUUCACUCAAACGCCUACGUCGCCUUCCUCGAACAAAGGCGUUCGUCGACGCAAAUCGAAAAGCGCGUCCGCGUCGCUCGUGGAUCCGAGUUCGCCGAGUAAAAAUUACGGCACCUUCUCGCCUUUCUCUCCCGGUAGUGGCAGUGUUCCGAAGUCGGCGCUCAGCAAACGCAGUAGCAAUAGCAAUAGAAAAAGCCAAAAUAGAAAAAGUCGGUUAGGUUUCGAGGACCGAAUAGACGAGGAGGACGAGCGAGACGAAGAGGAAGACGAAAAUCGAAGCGCCGGCGUUCGCUCGUUAGACGUCUCCGCGGAGAUUCAGAAAACAAUUCAAACCGUCACCGGAAACCCGACCUUCCGUGACGUUGUUCGCAUGAUCGCGGCAACCGUAGAGCAGUUCGCCGCCAGUCCCACGUUCGAACUCGUUUGGCCGAUUUGUUUCAUCACCUUUCUGGUCUUUUGGCGCUCGAGCGUCAUCGCGUUUCACGCCAACACCGCCAUCGAACAACAACAGCAGCAGCGGCAACAACAACAACAGCAACAACAGCAACAACAGCAACAACGCAUUCUUCACCCUCGCGUUACGCGAGCACGGACACCUCCUCCGCCUCUUCUCCUUGGAGAGAAGCAACAACGAGAAGAAGGACACCGGCGACCGACGGCUCACGUUUUAUCCGACGAGUACAAACGUCAGCAAGCGGGGCCACUUCUCUUCGCGGCGGAGAAGAAAGAGGACGCACCAGAAGAACCCCCACUCGAAAAAGCGCCGCUACCGACGUCGCGCGAUGUGUCGCCACCACCUUUUCCUCCUCCUCCUCCUCCUCCUCCUCCCCGGACGCAGGAAAACGCAAAGAAAGAGUUGUAA